AAAAAAGGAAAAAUAUAUAUAUAUUAACAAAAUAGAAAUUUAGUAAUUAUGUAUAAAAAAUUAUUUAAAUAAACUAGUAACUCUUUUUCAACAUUAUUUAUUGCAGAACAUAAUGGAUAGAGAUUAACUAAAAGUUCAUAUAAAAUACUAUCAGCUGCUAAAAAAUUAUAAGAAGAAACACACAUCUUAAUAACUGGACAUAAUCUAAAUUAAGUCAUAAAAAAUAUUUAAGAAACAAUAUCCUCAGAUUAUCUGAAUAGAAUAAUAGUAGCAGAUCAUGAAUCUCUAAAACAUAAUUUAGCAGAUAAAAUAUAAUAAAUAUCGGAAAAAAUUAUAGAAAAGUACAAAUAUAAUUACAUAAUUACUGAUUCAUCAGCAUUUGGAAAAGACAUAUUACCAAGAAUAGCUUCUAAAUUUAAUAGUUAACCAGCAACAGAUAUAAUAAAUAUAAUAUCUAAAGAUACUUUUCAAAGACCUAUUUAUGCAGGAAAUGCUAUUCAAACAAUUAAAUUGACAAAUUAAUUUAAAUUUUUAUCGUUUAGAUAUACUUGUUUUGAUGAUGCUAUUUUUUCUGUAGAAAAAAAAAAUUCUUUUGAAAUUGAAAAAGCAGAUUUAUCAAUUGGAAAUACUUUUGUAAAACACGUUAAAGAUUCUGUCAUAUAAUCUGAUAAACCUGAACUAUCGAGUGCAAAAUUUGUUGUUUCAGGUGGAAGAGGUCUUAAAAGUAAAGAAAAUUUUUAGAUUCUCGAAGAUUUAGCCAAUGCACUUGGAGAAACUGCUAUUGGAGCUUCUAGAGCUGCUGUAGAUGCUGGCUAUGCUUAAAAUGAUUAAUAAGUAGGAUAAACAGGAAAGGUUGUUGCCCCUUAAUUAUAUUUAGCAGUAGGUAUUUCAGGUGCUAUCUAACAUGUAGCAGGUAUGAAAGAUUCUAAAGUUAUUGUUUCUAUUAAUAAAGAUCCGGAAGCUCCCAUUUUCAAAAUUUCGAAUUAUGGUUUGGUUGGUGAUUUGUUUAAGAUUGUCCCUGAAUUAACUGAAAAAAUUAAAUAAGCAAAAUAAUGAGUUAUUAUUUUUGGUAAAUGAUUUUUUUAUUCUUAUCUAUUUUUAAGAACUUAAAUAUAACAAAAUAUUACAAACAAGCAAAAAUAUAUUUUUUUACUAAAAUUUUUAUUAUACAAAUUAAAUU